CUGGCCGGUCCUGCGCUGCCCUGCGGGAGGGGCCGAGCCCGCCCUCCGCCUCCCUACCGGUCCCCAUCCUUAAAGCACGAGUCCGGAUGCCCCGCCUGCUGGAGAGCGCUCCGGGAUCCGCACGGCACACAGCCGGGGCAGGCCAGAGCCGGCCGCGGAAGGCCUGAGGCGACGGAGCAGCCCGAGCCGGCUCGGGAGAGUCGCGGCCCCGACCGCGGAGCUGCGGGAGCGGCGAGGGGAGGGCUCCGUGGCGCCAUCGCCGGCCGUCCGCGCCGCGCUCUCCCCGGCAGGGAGGAGUCGUGACUCGGGGCCGGCCGGGUGUCGGAAAGCCGAGGCUCCAGCGACCGCCCUUGCCGGGCCUCCCGGGCCGAGACCAUGUUUGACAAGACGCGGCUGCCGUACGUGGCCCUCGAUGUUCUCUGCGUGUUGCUGGACCCAGACUGUUUAUCCCUUUGAGGGUAAUUCCUACAUUAAAUUCUCGUGAAUUUAAUUCAGCAUUUGGAGCAGAAAUAAGCUGUUUCUGUGAAACUUCCAUGCCUAUGGCUGGUCUAAAUUUGGGCCAAAUAAAUCCAUUUCAGAGAGGCUUUCACUGUACUGAGAGGAACAUCAAGUAUCCGUACCGUGACAGUACCGUCACAACUACUAUGCUUGCCGUAGUGGGGGUUGGCUUGCCCAUAAUCUCUGUGAUUAUUGGAGAAUCCUUAUCUGUCUACUUUAAUCUCUUGCAGUCAAACUCCUUUGUCAGUAAUAACUACCUAUCCAGUAUUUACAAAGCUGUUGGAACAUUUUUAUUUGGUGCAGCUACGAGUCAGUCCCUGACUGACAUUGCCAAGUAUUCCAUAGGCAGACUACGGCCUCACUUUUUGGAGGUUUGUGAUCCAGAUUGGUCACAAAUCAACUGCAGUCUUGGUUACAUUGAAAACUUUGUAUGUCGAGGGAAUGCACAAAAAGUUAGAGAGGGCAGGUUAUCCUUUUACUCGGGCCACUCCUCGUUCUCCAUGUACUGCAUGCUGUUCGUGGCUAUUUAUCUUCAAGCCAGGAUGAGAGGAGACUGGGCAAGACUCUUCCGCCCCACGCUGCAAUUCGGUCUUAUUGCUAUAUCCCUUUAUGUGGGGUUUUCCCGAGUUUCUGAUUUCAAACACCAUUCGAGCGAUGUGUUGACUGGAUUCAUUCAAGGGGCUAUAGUCGCCGUAUUCACCGGUGUGUUUGUAUCAGGUUUCUUCAAAGACAGAAGUUCUCCUUUUAAAGAAAGAAAAGAGGAAGACUCUCACACCACUCUAAAUGAAACGGCAGCCAGAGGGAAUCACUACCGUAACAACCACCAGCCUUGACAACGGAGCGCUCACACAGUGCCGGCCUGCUUUUUUAGGAAGAUGAUUGCAGCCACAAAGCAAGAGGAUGCACCUCCCCAGUAAUAAGCCUUAACGGGACUGCCGCUGCUACACCUCUUGGACGCCCACUUUACCUACAUGUAUAUAUUUACAUUUAACACAACAGUUAUCAAGUAGCUGAGUUCAUUAAAAUUCCAAGCCUUUCACCAAAACAACACCCCCACCUGCACAUUUUUUAUUAAAAAUGUAAUGCUUAUGUACAAAUGUAUAAUAUGCUUUCUUGGAAUGAUGCUUGAUUUAAAUUUAAAUGUGAUCCAUAUUAAAAUGUUUGAGGAUGACUCUC